AUGGCAGAGCGAGCCGGCCGCUUCCUCCUCUACUGGAAGGCCUACUACCACAAUUUGAUCCGGAAGUUCCCUGAACAAACGAUCACGGCCACGAUGCUCAUCCCGCCCACCAUCGGCAUCCUUCUCUACAAGCUUGACUGGUAUUCGAAGCAAGGAGACAAGCCAUACUACAGGGGUUACUACGCGGUGUACCGGCCCGACGAUCCUCUCGUCAGCUACUGGAGAAAGCCCGAAGAAUAUCCGGCCCCGUAUCUCCUGCCCGAACUCAAGUAUGCGGCCGGCGUGCAGAGGGAU